CCUCUCCUAGAAGCCAAGAGCCGAGAAGCCCCUUCCCUCGGUAAACCGAGACACUGGGUUUCAAGUGAAAAAGAAAACUAAAAGUUUCCUCUGAAUAGAGAUAAGGUAAAUUCCCGGAGAACGUGGUGUUGAGGAAGCAUUAGUGACAAAUAAUACAGACUAGAGAUUCGGGUUGAAAGAGCAAUCAGAUUUGGUUUAAGAGGGGCAGAGUUAUUGGAAGACAUCGAUGGAGUGAUGGUGGGCAACUAAGGAACUAGGAUGAAGGAUCGGAAAAACAGCGUCUAAAGAAUUGAAACCUGCUCAGGCACUGCCGCAGGAGAAAAAAACCGACACCCGGGGGAAAGCCCCUAGGGUUAUUGGAGUUGAGCGAAGGACCGGAGCAAAUCACAGGGAGUAACUCCGAGUGUCUAAAAGGUAGUACUGGAGCCGGUUUUUCGAGAGACUGGAGAAAUCUGAUAAAAGACACUGAGCACAGAGCAGGUGAACAAACCACUUCCGUCUACCUCUCCGCACCCAGGGGAAGACCUGCCCUAUCCCGGGCGCGCCUCUACCAAGUGACGACAACGCAGGUGGCGUGACGUGUAAACGCGUCACCACCCGUGCCUCCGCCGCGGGAAGUAGUUCCCAUCGCGCCGGCUCCGAAGGGAGCUGAAUGAGGGAGCCUCGAGCCGCUCAGGGCGUGAGUUCCGGAAGCGACGAGCGCGCAGCCAAUCUCUGGGAAGGAGGGCGUGGCUACCUUGGCCCCGCAGAUCCCUCCGCCCGUGCUUGCUUGUGCUGAGGCUGAGGGAGCCGCCAUUUUGGAUGCUGAGCUUUAAGUGCCAAGUUCUUCUCACCCGUUUUCACGUCGGCAUUCAGCCAGAUUGUGAACUCUUUGAAGCUUUAGGGUGAGGUCUUACUUAACUGUGGUGGCUUAGCACAGUGCCUGAUAGAAGAGCGCUUAACAAAUGUUUGGAGGAACAGCACAGCAUGCUGGGCUCUGGAUUUAAAGCUGAGCGUUUACGAGUCAAUUUGAGAUUAGUCAUAAACCGUCUUAAACUAUUGGAGAAAAAAAAAACGGAACUGGCCCAGAAAGCACGGAAAGAGAUUGCUGACUAUCUGGCUGCUGGGAAGGAUGAACGAGCUCGGAUCCGAGUGGAGCAUAUUAUCCGAGAAGACUACCUUGUGGAGGCCAUGGAAAUUCUGGAGCUGUAUUGUGAUCUGCUGCUGGCUCGGUUUGGUCUCAUCCAGUCUAUGAAGGAACUAGAUUCUGGUCUGGCUGAAUCCGUGUCUACACUGAUAUGGGCUGCUCCUCGGCUCCAGUCAGAAGUGGCUGAGUUGAAAAUAGUUGCUGAUCAGCUCUGUGCCAAGUAUAGCAAGGAAUACGGCAAGUUAUGUAGGACCAACCAGAUUGGAACUGUGAAUGACAGGCUAAUGCACAAACUCAGUGUGGAAGCCCCACCCAAAAUCCUGGUGGAGAGAUACCUGAUUGAAAUUGCUAAGAACUACAAUGUGCCCUAUGAGCCUGACUCUGUGGUUAUGGCAGAAGCUCCUCCUGGGGUAGAGACAGAUCUUAUUGAUGUUGGAUUCACAGAUGAUGUGAAGAAAGGGGGUCCUGGAAGAGGAGGAGGGGGUGGUUUCGCAACACCAGGUGGUGGACCUGAUGGAACAGUGCCUAUGCCCAUGCCCAUGCCCAUGCCCUCGCCCUCUCCCAGUACUCCUUUCUCCUACCCACUUCCAAAGGGACCAUCGGAUUUCAAUGGAUUGCCAAUGGGGACUUAUCAGGCUUUUCCCAAUAUUCAUCCACCUCAGAUACCAGCAACUCCCCCAUCGUAUGAAUCUGUUGAUGACAUUAAUGCUGAUAAGAAUGUCUCUUCUGCACAGAUUGUUGGUCCUGGGCCGAAGCCGGAAGCCUCUGCAAAGCCCCCUUCCCGACCUGUGGAUACCUACGAAAACUUUGUACUACCGGAGUUGCCGUCUGUGCCAGACACACUACCAACUGCAUCUGCUGGUGCCAACACCUCAGCAUCUGAGGACAUUGACUUUGAUGAUCUUUCCCGGAGAUUUGAAGAGUUGAAAAAGAAAACCUAGUUCUCUUAAACCAGGCAACCUCCAGGCUCUGAGAUUUGAGACUGAGCUUUUUCUCCUUGUAACAAAGAAUCUCCAUGAAACUCGUUUUCAUCUCUUAACCAUCACUGAGCACACUCUUCCUUUGGGUUCUCUUCCUGCUCUAAGUUCUGCUGCUUUCCAGUUCUCUGUUGCUCCUAAGAGACUAAUUAUUAGAGACUAUGAGGCCAGAGCAGCUGACCCUGGGCAGCUGAGCUUGUCCAUCUCCUUUGAGUGUGAACCCAGGUUCUCCCAUCACCUGUUUUUCUGUCCCUCCACGGGGGAGUGGGAAGGUGAAAGCAUUAUGAGGAGAGCUGCCAAAGAUGGCUGGACACGGAGAAUACUUCUUGAAGUCUUUCAGCCCUGUGCUGAAGUUCUAGACUUAGGAAAAAACCCCUCUGUCCAGAGGGAUUUGUAGUGAGCAAGAAUCAAAGCAAAGGUGUGCUAUGAAUGGGAGAGACUGACUCUGGAAGCCCCUUUAACAGUUCUUGGAAGCUCGGUGCUCUCAUUGGCUUAUACACUACUUCUUGCUGCAGGGCACUAUUCUACCUGGAUCCAGUUGCAAAGUUUAUUGGGAAAGUUGAAGGCUUCUCUUGGAUCUACUGGAUUCUCAGGGAGCCCUCCGUGGCCUUUUGCUUUGAGUACUGUGUUCCCCUUUUACCAGAGGGCAGCACUGCCCAAAUUCCUGUUUUCCCCCAUGGCAUGUUCUGUUGGAUUGCAUUUACUGGCGAAUGAAGGACAGGUCACAUACUGGGCAGAAGUCACCAUUCAAGGCUAGGGUGGGCUUCCAGUUGCCUUAAUAGAAGUACUCAAGUCUCUUGGGUAGUGAGCUGGAAUGCCUACAGGGGAAGUGGAGUUCCUGUUUUCAUUUGAAAACUUUGAUUAAGAGAACCUUUAAAAACUGAUUUCAUAUAAGUUUUUGGUGCCCAUAAAAAAUGUGGCUGCAGUUGUUGAUUACUUUCCUAGGUGGAUGAGACUCUUACUAUUGUAACUUAACGGUGUUCCUUUACCCCCUAGCUGAGGCCAUCCUUCCCCAGAGGGAUGGCUUUGGGAUCAGAAGAUAGGACUCUGGCUUCUGUAGUGUAAAUGUACACACCUGUUUCAAGCAACUUUAAUGUUUUUGAUUGGUUUGUAUCUCAUAGCUCAGUAGCUGAUAAUAAAGUUAAGAAUUCUG